GAUCCCAUUGUAUCAUGAAUUUAGAAUCAAUCACCCACUUCAGUCUCUGAUAAUCUUAACACACAAAGGGGGGGAAAAUGGCACUGGUUGACAUUACAUCUCACAGCCAACUCACAGAAUCGCUCGCCGCGGCUGCUUCGACGGGCAGCCUGAGCGUCGUCCACUUCUGGGCCUCGUGGGCCAACGCAUGCCAGCAAGUCAACGAUGCCCUCGUCGACCUGGCCAAGCUCCACCCGCUCGUCCGCUUCUUCAAGGUCGAGGCAGAGAACGUGCCCGAGGCCGCAGAACAGUACGAAAUCGCCGCGGUGCCAACGCUGCUUCUCAUCCAGAACUCCAAGGUUGUCGAUACUAUCAACGGCGCCAACAUCCCCGAGCUGUCCAAGAAGAUCACAGCGCAAUCAGCGCUCGCCGUUCCCAAAUCGGCCGCUGUUGUCGCUCCCGCGCAGCCCGCCACGAGUGGCAACCUCGAAGCGCGUAUUGACUCGCUGAUUAAGCAAUCGCAGAUGGUCAUUUUUAUCAAGGGCACCCCCACCGAACCUCGCUGCGGCUUUAGUCGCCAGCUCCUUACUCUCCUGGACGGCGUCAAGGCUGACUACUCUUAUUUCAACAUUCUCAGCGACGAGGAUGUGCGCCAAGGACUGAAGGUCAAGCUUGACUGGCCCACCUUCCCCAUGGUCAUUGUCGAUGGCGAGCUGGUCGGAGGACUGGACAUUGUCAAGGAAAUGAUUGCUUCUGGCGAGCUCCAAGGCAUGAUUCCCGUCAAGUCGGCUUAAACUUCUGGAUAAGUUUGUUCCGAGGAAACGGGUUACGACCUGGCCCGGAACAUUGACCCGAAUCACGACUGCAGCAUGCUAGAAUGGAUGCGGAAGUAUUGUGUACUACUAGAGUGAAAGAAUGAGGGGGAAAAAGCUUGACAAACGCUGAGCCCAAUUCAGAAAUGAAAAUAAACUCAAAAACACCCCCCCA